AUGCUGCUCUGGGCCUGUUUGGCUGUCCUGUUGCACGUGCAGCUAGGCUCAGCCUAUAAGCUAGUGUGCUACUUUACCAACUGGUCUCAGUACCGACCAGAGCCAGCUAAGUUCUUCCCCAAGGAUGUGGACCCAUGUCUGUGCACACACCUGGUAUAUGCCUUUGCCACCAUGAAUGACAACAAGAUAGCUCCCUACGAAUGGAAUGACAUUGAUGUGCUCUAUCCUCAGUUCCGAGCCCUUAAAGAACGCAAUGGAGAUCUCGUCAACCUGCUGGCCAUUGGCGGCUGGAACUUUGGCACUCAGAAAUUCACCAGCAUGGUCGCCACAGCUGCCAACCGCAAGAUCUUCAUCUGUUCUGUCAUCGACUUCCUUCGUCAGCAUGGGUUUGAUGGCAUUGACCUUGAUAUAGAAUACCCAGGGUCUCGGGGAAGCCCACCCGAGGACAAGCAGCGAUUUACCAUUCUGAUUAAGGAAAUGGUCGAGGCUUUCGAGGAAGAGGCGAGAGACACUGGAAACCCCCGGCUGCUUAUCACGGCAGCGGUGUCUGCCGGCAAAGGGACCAUUGAUGCAGGAUAUGAAAUCGCAGAGAUUGGGAAGCUGCUGGAUUUCAUCAGUGUGAUGACCUAUGACUUCCAUGGUGGCUGGGACACAUGCACAGGACACAACAGUCCCCUGCAUGUCGGCUCCAAGGACCAAGGCGACUUCCGUUAUUUCAACUGUGAAUAUGCCAUGAAAUACUGGAGAGACAACGGGGUCCCUUCAGAGAAGCUCAUCAUGGGCUUCCCCACGUAUGGGAGGACCUUCCGACUCAGCACCUCCGACACCUCAGUGUGUGCCCCAGUGUCUGGAGCCGGGUCGUCUGGACCUUACACCCGCGAGGCUGGCUUUUGGGCUUACUAUGAGAUCUGCACUUUCUUAAGUGGAGCUACAAGUGCCUGGAUUGAAGACCAGAAGGUUCCAUAUGCUUACAAAGGGACUGAGUGGAUUGGCUACGACAAUGUUAAGAGCUUUGAGUAUAAGGUUGACUUUCUCAAGGAGAACAAAUUUGGCGGGGCCAUGGUUUGGGCCAUUGAUCUGGAUGACUUCUCAGGCUCCUUCUGCAAUGAGGGCAAACACCCACUCAUCAACAAGCUGAAGUCACUUCUGGACCUGUCCUCACCAUGUACUCCACCAGCCACUAAGACGUGGUAUAACCAACCCAUGAUGCCAAGAAGCGAAGGGUUCUGUGCCAACAUUGGUGGAGGUGGCGGCAGCGGUGGGGAUGGCGGCAGCGGUGGUGGAGGUGGUGGGGAUGGCGGCAGUGGAGGAGAUGGAAGUUUCUGCUCUGGCAAAGCAGAUGGCACCUAUAGUGAUCCCGAAGAUAACACCAAAUUCUACCAGUGUGCUGGAGGCAACACCUUCCACCUCCAGUGUGCCCAAGGACUGAUUUUUGAUGAGAACUGCAAGUGUUUUACCAGUUACCAUGGAGUGGCCUUUGAGAUUGCAGUGGGCCAGAGUCACGAAUUCAAACCCAGUGCUUCCACCAACAUGCCACCAGGACUCCUGCUAGAGCCCCACGGGCCUGCAAAUUAG